GGGGAGGGGGCGGGGCUUGGCUCCGGAAGGCUCAGCUUCUGCUCAGGUCGCGCCGCGAGCGGCUCCUGCCUCCCGCCUCCCGCUAUUGAUUCCCUCAGAGCCCGCCUGCCAGCCGUCCACCUCUUCAGUCAGCCAGUCAGUCAGUCAGUCGCGCGCCCACCGCCCUCACCAAAGCGGAGCCUGAGAGGGAAGGAAGGAAGGAAAGCAGGAAGAAAGGCAGGAAGGCUAACCCUGCCGGGGGGCCAGGCCCGCUACUGGCGAAGCUUUCUGGCUUUUCUCUUACUUGUUGAUUUUCCUCUUGACGUCACCUGACCUUCUGGAUUAUUUCUGGAGCAGGAUGAGGAGGCUAGAAGAAACGUAUCUGGACAACAAGAUUGGAAGGUGGAUUAUUUCUUUUUAAAAAGGGAAGAGACCAUGUUUGCAAGUCUGUAGAAAUGGUUUGCGGCUCAGUCAAGCUGGAGCUGACUAAAUGAAAGUAUGGGCUGUGCAUCAGCCAAGCAUGUUUCUGCUGUACAAAAUGAAGAGGAAGCUCAGAAGGGGAAAAACUACCAGAAUGGAGAUGUAUUUGGUGAUGAGUAUAGAAUCAAACCUGUGGAAGAAGUCAAAUACAUGAAAAACGGAGGGGAGGAUGAUCAGAAAAUUGCUGCCAGAAACCAGGAAAACUUGGAAAAAAGUGCCAGUACCCAUGUAAGACUUAAGAAUAAUAAAGAGCUUCCGGGAUUAGUACAUCAACCUAGAGCAAACAUGCACAUCUCUGAAAGCCAACAAGAAUUCUUCAGAAUGCUGGAUGAGAAAAUUGAAAAGGGCCGUGAUUACUGUUCAGAAGAGGAGGACAUCACAUAGUGCCAAUUCUGCUGAUCAACCAGGAAUACUACUGUGUAAAUAGAUUAUGGUCCAGUGAAGAUAUUUUCUGGAAGUCUUCUCAAGUGAACAGCACUACAUAACAAAAGAUCAUUUCCACAUUGUAUGCUCCAUUCAGUUACAGUGUUUCUCAAUGACCAUACAAUGAACAUGGCUAUGGGAAGGAAGGACGGCUUGUGUGGAACUACCUUGGCUGCUGCUGGUUGAAACUUGUUGCCGAUUGUCACUUUCCUUGUCCAGGAACACAGCGGAUCUUUGACAUUAAAUCUGAGUGACACCUUGGAUUUCCCUGGGGCUGUUAGCCUGUUUUCUGUUGGCCGAGCUGGUGUUGUACAGAAUCUUCCAUAACUGAGCAGUUGAGCCUCUUCCAGUCCGUCAAUCCAGCCGUGAUGGGCUCUGGAGUUCCUGUUAACGCUGACAAUGUUGAGCUUUGGAAAUGGGAUGCUUUGCCAUGACAGACCUCGUUUCUCUGCUAGGAAGAAGCUGUCAAUUUAAAAGCAUGUUGUCACGGAAAUACUGGCUAUGGUGAUGCAGGAGCAGAAAUCUGUAUUUUUUAAAAAUACACCACUUCUUUUGCUGCUUGUUUCAAUCGAGGAAUAAGCUUUCAGUAUUGGCUUUGCUGACCGCAGAUGGAAGUUGUGAUUGCAAUCAGUUUGAAUCCCUCUUUUUUUUCUAAGGAAAUAAACAUUUUACUGUUUUUAGGUAUUCUUGUCUUAUACCCAUUCAUACAGUCCAGCGUGUUAAGCAAAAUUGGGGGAUGGGAGAGAGGGGCAAGGUAACCCCGAGGAACUAUAAUAGGAGUGGAUGUUAUUUUAAAGCACCUGUGUGCCAAUUUGGGAUGUCGUGUAGAGUUUAUUUUUCCAUAUUAUAAAAAGAUGAGACUCUCUCUUCUCAAAGGCAGAUGUAAUAUUUUUAACGAAUAUUGUCAUGAGUAAAAAUAAUCCUAAGGUUUUGAAAAAAAAACACUUUUGCAUUUAUUUUUUAAAACACCUUUUUAUCCCUUUUUAUCCCUCAGUUUGCCUUAAUAGGGUAUCAAGAUGACAGCUCAUCAAUAAAACUGUGUAAAUUGGAAAAGCACAUUUUAGAUCAGUUUGUAUAAUUUGUGAUGUAGUUUUGCCCAGGAUCACAGUAGAUGUUGCACAUUGGAAAGGGUUGUGUUCUUGUCUGUUGUUUGGUCUUCAUGUGUCCAUCUCAUUUAAUUAGAUUUUACCAGUUAAACACCCACCAUCAGUACAAUGAGGAAUGAUCAUAACCGAACCUCUCAGUCUCCAGUUUUAAGGAACUGACCUGUUCCAAAGUGUAGCCAAUGUAGACAUCGCUGUAAGGGAUUACGUGGACCCACAAUUGCUUUGCCCCUUCUUUUUAAAGGGUAUGUGUGUGAGAGAAUAUGAAGUAGAUGAAGACUUUGCUGACAUCUUCAGCCAUUUUUAAUGCCCCCUUCUUGUGGAAAUUUCCUUACUCCCUUCAGAGAGCCAAUAACAACCAUAAAGGAAUUUGACCUCUAUGGUGUGAAAUUGUUUCCUACAUGAACCCAGUUACAGAAAAUACACAGGGAACAGAAUUUACAGUAGAAAUCACAUUGAUGCUGCAUACAAUAGCUUGUUUAAAUUUCCUGGAGCUCUCCAUUUGUAUCAUCUCAUCAAUCAUUUGGGAGUUUUUAGGAACUACAAUGUGUGACAUACUAGUAAAUACACCCAAGAAGUACAUUUCUGGGCAUUUGUACGGGCUCCUCACUACCACUGUCUCCAACUUCAUCAGAAGUUACAGCUUCUUUUCUGGGUCCUUGUGUCUCAUUUGUUUGUGUUCAGAGUCCAGUUUCUUCUGAUUUUCCUCUAGAAUUAAAAUGGAGGCUUCUUUUCUUCUA